GUGGCACGCUCCUUCCUCCCCUCCCUUCCUUGCUAGCAAGUCGACUUAGCUAGCUAGCGAGACAACCUGUUUAAACCUUAUAGUGUAAUUAUUAUGAAUUGAUUGAUCAGCGUAGUGUAUUUGAGUUCUGUCUCCAAAGUCCGGAUAACAAGCCAAACCAGCAAAAUGAACAUACGAAACGCAAGGCCGGAGGACCUUAUGAACAUGCAGCACUGUAACCUGCUGUGCCUUCCUGAAAAUUAUCAGAUGAAAUACUAUUUCUAUCACGGAUUGUCCUGGCCUCAGCUCUCAUACAUUGCUGAGGACGAAAAUGGCAAGAUUGUGGGAUAUGUGCUGGCAAAGAUGGAGGAGGACCCAGAUGAUGUACCCCAUGGACACAUCACAUCCCUGGCGGUGAAGCGCUCCCACAGACGUCUUGGCCUGGCCCAGAAGCUGAUGGACCAGGCCAGCCGGGCCAUGAUAGAAAACUUCAAUGCUAAAUAUGUCUCACUUCAUGUUCGCAAAAGCAACCGAGCAGCCCUGCACCUGUACUCCAACACACUCAAAUUCCAGAUUAGUGAGGUAGAGCCUAAAUACUAUGCAGAUGGGGAGGAUGCCUAUGCCAUGAAGAGAGACCUGGCCCACAUGGCCGAUGAGGUCCCACAGCUGAGGAAGCCCGGGGUGCGAGUUUCGGGUCAGGAGGCCCCGUCUGGCCAGAGCCCGUCAGGGUCUGGCGACCAGGAGAGAGAGAGCGAGAGAGACAGCGGAGGAGAGAGCAAAGAGCUGAGUGAAGUCAGCGAGGCAACAGAAAGCACAGACGUUAAAGAUUCUUCUUCUGAUUCACAAUGACACUGCAGUCGUAGACAUUUUUAAAUUCAUCCCUCCCUUCCUAUUUUUAUCAAUAUUUGACAAUAUCUCUGGCUUUACAAACUGUGACUGUCUGUGCGUGAAAGCCGUUCCCUCAUUUCAAAUCUUAAAUCUUGCUUUUCACUGCAACAAUGAACAAAAAGUGUUGGAUAAUGACAUGGAUCGGGGUGAUCUAAAUGAACCUAAAAUGAAUAACUGGUCUCCUUGUUUUCAUUGGAUUGCUGUUGUCAUUACCAAACGUGGCCCAAAGUUCUGUGAGAUUUACAGAAUUGAAAGCAGCCCCUGCUUUUCAAGUUGUUUCAGUCUGGUCUCUUAAUAUUUAACAGAAUUACUGCAAAUAAAUCUUUCAAAUAAUA